GAGGGCGCAGCGUCUCCCGCCGACCCGCACCCGCACCCGAAGCCAGUGCGGAAUGUGCCAGCGAACGGAACGGUCGUUUCGUUGGAGCGUAGCGCUAGCGCUCCCGGUUUUCCAUUAAAAUGUGUAUAAGAAUAAGUGCAGUGAAUCCGCACGAGUUCGGAACGGUCACAAAAAACGCCGUCGUCGAGAUCAGAAGUAGAAAUCAACGAAGAACUUCAGCGAGGAAGUGGGGACGAUGAGGGAACAGGAAGGCGACGGCCCGGAGAGCCGUUAGCCGGACUCGAUGGAUGAGUAUGGCGGGCCGGCGGCGCCGCCCCGGCCGCCCAAGCCGGCGGCGCGCGUCCACAGGCCGUCGGGCGCGCGCCAGCCCACCGUAUCAUUGCUGCGGCCGCGCCCUGAAGCCGAGCGCGAGCGCAACGCCUACGUGGAGGCUCCUCGGCGAACUCACGUGUCACCCGCAGCGGCACACGCGGGCGCGCACCAACCUCUCAAGCCGGUGACGACGCAGCCGGCCGCCGCGGCCGACAAGCGGCGCGCCGGCGCCCUCCAGGCCGAUUCUAUAGUGUGCGAAACGUGCGGGCGAUGUCGCUGCGAGCAGUGCGCUCGACCUCGGCCGCUACCCUCGCGCUGGCUGUGCGGCUCCUGUCUAUGCAGCGCGGAAGCAUGCGUUGACUACGCGUCGUGCAUGUGCUGCGUGAAGGCGCUGUUCUACCACUGCGGGAGCGGCGAGGAGGAAGCCGGCGAGCCGUGUGCGUGCGGACCGCGGCUCGCAUGUGUGGGUGCGCUGGCGGUGCCGCUGCCGUGCCUUUGGCUGUACUGGCCGCUGCGUGGAUGUGCGGCGGCGGGAGCGGCGCUGUACGCGCGGUGUCGCCGCUCCGGCUGUCGUUGUCCGGACCCUCAGCCGCGGCUCUCCAGUAUUAUCUAGUCCCGCCGCGCGCCGCCCGCGCCCUCCGAAGCGCCGAGUCGAGCGGCGCGACCGCGUUGUACAAAUAUUUAUUGGCGAGCGGCAGGCUUCGGACCGCGCGGGGGUGGACUCAGUGAUCGCUGUGCCUGUCCGUGGAGUGUGGUGGCGCGGGGCCGGCGUCGGACGUGCGCCCCGCGCUCGCUGUGUGAAUCGUCUACGAGUACCUUGUAAAUAUAGUUUUAUAGUGUGAAUGUAUGUGAACGUGUCGCCCGAACGUCGAAAGUCUCAAAUUUUCUUGAGACCGUAACGUGUCAUAAAAAAAACGUUAACGUUAGUAUUUUGGAUUCUACGCAAAUCCAGAGAAGAUUAAGAAAUGAGAUAUAAAGCAUACUUAUUAAGAUGUAGAUAAUUUACCAUUUAUUUAUUAACUGAAUUUGUAUUUAUUUGUAAAUAAAACGACAACAUUAUAUUAUAAAUACGAAUGUUUACUA